AUGCUAAGAAAGUUGUUGGCAAUUAUGGAUCCGAAACGUGUUGUGGAUGUGGAUGAGAGUGAGGACAAGAAUUGGGAACAAAUAUCACUUCCGAAAGCGUUGACCACUUGUAGGGAUGAGACACAUGUCGCCCAUUGUAUGCUAUGGUUCCGCACAACUGAAUCGCACAAUGCGUUUGCGUUUCUUCAGUUGAGAUUUGAU